AUGUCUGAAGCGGAACGAUCUUUCUUUGUUGGUGCUGUCUUGAAUCCCCCGAAACCUGGCCCAAUUCUCACAUUUUCUCAGACCGUCUCUGCUUGCAACAGAUGCAGGAAGCGCAAAGCCAAAUGUGAUACCAGACUGCCUGCGUGCCUGCCAUGCCAAAACUCGGGCUCCAAAUGUGAGUAUACGGAGGCGAGGACGAAAACUACUUUCCCCCGAGACUACAUUUGCGAUCUCGAGAUAGAGGCCGGCAACCUGGAGCACAAGCUUAGGCAACUCCAAUCUGCUGCCAAAUCGACCAGAUCUCAUGACAACAAUACCUCUCCCCGUGAUCUGGAUACGCCAACCUCCUCGUCGCGGGGGAAUGAUGAGGCCCAAGCCCAGGCAGAUCUGAUCAGACUCGAGUCUGGUGGUGAUGCGCACUAUCUAGGUGUAUCGAGCGGUAUACAUUUGGCACGUUCCGUCUUGGAAUCAGCACGGCGCAACAAUCCCUCUUUUGACGCGCUCCCUGAGAGGCGCCGGCCAGGCUCUACUACAUCGCCAUCGCAACAGAAUGAACAUGCAGCUACCUCAAGCUCGCGUGCUGCCUUCCCCUCGUGCGAGGCCGCUAUCAAUUUGGUAGAGAUCUUCUUCAACCAAUAUCAGGUGCAGUAUCCGAUACUGGUCGAAGAUCAGUUCAUACAGGAAACACAAAUCUUCUACAGUACCGGUUGUCUUUCUGGCACAUCUCACAACGAUAUCACCAUGAGGUUUAUGCUUCAAGUGAUCUUCGCCAUCGCUCUUCUCAGCCUCUCCAAGGAGAACCCCGAAGCACUCGUCCUUGCCGAGAGCUUCAAUACAAAUGCAAUGGCGGAACUGACCGCCGUCAUGCAGCACAAAGGUCCGAGAACACUGCAGUGUCUCCUACUGCUCCUUCUGUAUUCGCUAUUGAACUCGUCAACGGCGCCCAUUUGGUACAUUUCCGGGAUAGCCAUCCGCAUGGUCAUCGACCUUGGCUUCCAGUCCGAAAGAACCAUUCAUCUGUCUGGAACUGGCAUCGCCAACGAAGAUGAGAUAGACUUGAAAAGGCGACUGUUUUGGGCGACAUAUUCUUUUGACAGGACCUUGAGUAUCAUACUUGGACGCCCUUUCACAUUGGAAGACCGAGAGAUUGAUGUCGAGUACCCCGGCCGAUCGUUGCCCCUGAACAAACGCGCAUCCAUUAUCCAUUGGAUCAAGCUGCAAAGACUCCAAAGUAGGUCGGUUUCAUAUCUCUAUACUGUCAAGCCAGGCCAUGAGCACACAGUGGAGCACCAACAAUCUGUUUCUGCUUGGAUCAGAGACAUGGCGAAAAGCCUCGCGACCUGGAAAGACGAAGCUACAGCGCUUGCAGACACAACUAUCCAUACAGUAGACUGGUGGCAUUAUUGGUAUCAAAACGCCCUGUUGGUGCUCCACCGACCUUCACCGAAUAAUCCAACUCUUGACCCAGAAGCUUUCUCGACUUGCUACACAGCAGCGAAAAACAUGAUCCAGUCAUCGUUCAUUCGGGUCCACAAAGGGCUGAUGGAUUUCAGUUGGGUCGACCUUCACUAUCAGUUCAUGGGUGGCAUCACGCUUCUCUUCUUGAUAUGGAACAGUCCCGACAUCCGUCAGCAGGCUCGCUCAGAUUGGACGAGCUUCAAGAGUUGCCUUGUGCAAUGGGAGGUGGUGCUCGAGGGCAUGGUCGUGCGCUGGGACCGCGUCAAUAGAGCCAAGGAAGUUCUAGGCAAACUGGCUGAUGCAACUGUGGAUAUCGUGGAAAGAGACAUGACGAAGUCAUCCAACCUCAGGGGCUCAAGGGAGGCUUCGAGGUUGACUCAAGACCGGGACCAUCGGAAGUCUAUCAUGCAACAGCUUGGCUCACCAAGACUUCAGAAUGCCGCGCCAGCACAGGUUGCUCAACCUGUAGAAACCGAAAUCACCGCCAUCGACAUGAUGGCGUCGAUGCCACAGGCAGCAGCCCCGUCUGACACGGCGGAUCAAUCACAGGCUUUCUUUAACCCCUCCGCAACUCAGGGUCCUUCAUUCGAGCCUUCGCCGGGAGAAAUUCUUGAAAUGGAUCAAACAUCAGAUUCUCCCUUCUGGGCGCUCGAGACAUCACCUUUCGCCCUGCCGCCCGAUUUGUCGGCGAUGUUCAAUGAUGAGAUGUGGACAAGUUUCGGACCCUACGAGAACACCAUGAUGCCGGGUAACUUUGGGCGUUUCGAAUACUUCCCCGUGCCUGUCCCUGGGGCUGAUGUAAACUUUGGGGCGCCGGUCACCGGGGACAAUGGCACAAGGAACGCGGCGUGGGCUGACAGUGUACUCAACUUUCACGGGCCAUGGGACGACGGGGGGCAGGACACUUAG